CUGUAAUAGAUUUAAAUAAAAAUUAGAUUUAAUAAAAAUGCCUUCUAAAAAAAAGAAAUAUAAUUCAAGAUUCCCACCGGCUCGCAUCAAAAAAAUAAUGCAAACAGAUGAAGAAAUAGGGAAAGUUGCAGCUGCAGUACCAGUUCUUAUAUCUAAAUGCUUGGAAAUGUUCCUAGCUUCCUUACUGGCGAAGGCAGGUGAAGUCACAAAAUCAAAACGAGCAAAAACAAUGUCAAGGUCUCACUUAAAACAAUGCAUCAUGUCAGAAACAAUGUUCGAUUUUUUGAAAGAUCAUGUAGCCAAUAUACCUGAUGUACAAAAUGAAGAUGAAGCUUCCGGGAGUAUGGGUCUUUCCAUGGAAAGAGAACCAGCGAAGAAAGUGGUUCGGAAAAGGAGUUCUUCUAAAGUUAAGAAAACGCCAAAGAAGCGACUAAAGCUAGGACAUUCAAAUAAUUAUAGCGAAGACGAGACUGAUUCUGGUAAUGAUGCAAGUGAGAACGAGUCCGGAAACGAAGAAAGUGAUGCACAAUUGUCAUCUUCAUUUUCAUCACCUGGUCUGCUGAGUCCGUCAAUUCAAAGUAAAUUAGAAAUGCAAAGCACUUCUUCACUACACAAUCAAUUUGAAGCUGAUCAGGCGACAACUGGACCUGAACGCAAACCAUCUAUUCACAUCCCACUUGAUGUAUUGUUGUCUAGUGAUGCUUUACCUUCUACGGUGAAUGUCAACCAACCUGUAAAAAUUGAAGCCUCGUCUGAUACAAAUAAAGAACCGAGUGACAAUAAAAAAUUCACUGAUCUUGAAAAUAACGAAACAGCAGACAAAUCAGCACAAUCAAUGGAUACAUCAUUACCACAAGAAAACAAUAGGCAUGAAAAACAACACGAUUCUUCUGUCAGACAAGGGGUUAUUGUCGCAAACACAGCAGUAUAUUCACAGUCUACUUCAGCUGUAGGCAGUGCUAAUAUUCGAGAGACGCAAUGUGCAAAUCAGAAGCCAAUACAAGCGAGUUCUAAUGAAGUAAAAAGUUUAGAGGAAAGUGAGUCAAAUACAAGCACAGGCAGAAACGAACAAAACAUAGACGAUUUUGGCGAUUCUAACAAGCCUUCUCAAGACAAUGUUCCUCCAGUGAUUCCAAAACCGGGUGGCAUGUUAUCUUUUCUUUACAGUUCCGCACCUAUGCCUCUACCACAAUUACCGGCUACGACCACUGUUUCGAAGGGACCGUCUUUGACGCCCCAAGUCAAAUAUGCAUACUCCCCACUUACGCAACACAGAUUGCCAGAACCUUCUGCUGGCCUAAGACAACCUCUUUUGUAUCCUGAUACUCGUCCACCUCUAAAUAACCAGCUGAGCCUGGAAAAAACACAGCACGGUGCGGCAGCGCUAAUAAAACAAGAACUUUCAUCUGGGCCCCCAGAUUUUCAACGUGCACCUAAUCCUUAUACUUACCCAUAUGUUCCGUAUAAUCCAACCACAACGCAGAGACAUUACUUAGGAUAUACGCAAUCCAUCCUGACGCCACCGAGCCACCAUUUAGGCAUAAAUUCACACUUAGCAGCUCAUCCUAGCUUGCAUCAAGCAAAGCCUAAUUCUAGAGCAAAAAGUGAUGAUGAUGAUUACGAUGCUUAGGUUAUUUUACGAAAAACAUGAAGUCGAUCAGUGGCAUGAGUUCCAGAUGCAUACUGUAUUACUAAUUUCUAUCCCGUUUGUGAACUAUUUUAUUCAGAUAUUCUAUUUCUACAUUGGAAAGGAUUGUUUUACUAGGGGAAGGGGGAUUAAAGCUGAUGAACAUGCAUAAUUAUAAGGUGAACCACUGCCUCUGGUUUGGUUGUGUCUGAGGUGAUGUAUGGGAAUAGGUAACCAGAUCAACGAAUAGAUAUUUGCAUUGUUCAUAGAGUGGCUCUUAGAGUUGUACUGUGACCAUCCACUCCAGUAAUUCAUUCUUGUAAAAUAUCCAUUUUGAAGGAUAUGAACUUACGGCUUCAGGCAAUCAAGAUAAUAUGUUCAUCAUGGUUAUUAUAUGAGCAUAUGCUGAUCCAAUGUUUAUUGGAGCUAACUAUGAUGUUACAAUCUUUUAUAAAAACAUAAUUCGUUGUAAUUCUGGCAUCAAUUUUCUUUGAUUACUCAAAUCUAAUGUUCAAUAAAUAUUCCAUUUCUUUUUAUGAUAAUUCUACUGCUGUACGACUAAUUUUCUGAUUUGAAGUACACAGUAAAUGAAAUUCAACCUAUCAGAUAUUUUUUGUCUGUUUCUUUGUGACUGAAAAACAGUUUUGGCAACUAAUAUUACAGUUCCUAUUAUUAUUGUUGAAUGAAAUAUUAUACACCAUAGUUUUUACUAGUGUGCAAAUCUCAUUGAAGAAUCGUAGUUAAUAUCAAAAAAAAAUUUUGUCUAGUGA